GGGGGCAGCCCAAGUGCGGUCCCGUGACUGCGCCGCGCCCCUUCCAGGAAGCUGGAGCAGCCCCGGGAGACGCUGCCCUGGGAGACGCUGCCCCUCCAGCUGUUCCGCUCGGGCCGCCGCCGGAGCAGCCCCGGGACAGAUCCCGGCCAUGUUCGCGUUUUUGGUAGUGCUGUGUCAACUGCAUGUGAUGAUGUUCGCGUUUCCUCACUGCCCAGGGAGAUUAAGUAACUUGAAGCAACCUGAAUGGAAAGACGUGUUCACAUCUGAAAAGGAGGCCAAUUUAUUCAUUGGACGACACCUUCUGAACAACAGAUUUGAUUUUGAAGCAUUCACAGCAGAUAACCUGGAAAGAGAAUGCUAUGAAGAGAUGUGCAAUUAUGAAGAAGCAAGAGAAAUUUUUGAAGACCACGAUAAAACGAUGGAUUUUUGGAAAGACUAUUUAACUAAAGGCCCUAAAAUAAAAAUAGGAGAUGAGACACUACAAAAGAUCAAUGUCACAGGACUUCUCGUCAGUCUGGUUGCUGCUGGAGUACUGUUGGUUAUAAUUGCACUGGUUAUCUUCUACUGCUGCAAAAGUAGAUGCAAAUCAAGGCAACCACCAGGGUACUUGGAUUACGUAAGAAGCAGAAGACGUUCAUCUAACAUCUUCAGAAGGCAUGAAGAGUUUUCUUUAAACCCACUUCCUCUCAGAACUGAUGAUUCAGGACUCCCCAGUUAUGAGCAAGCAGUGACUUCAGAUGGACAGCAUGACAUGCCACCACCCCCUUACCCAGGGCCCCCGAGAGGGACACGGGUGUUCAAAAAGUCCAUGUCUUUUCCUGCCCCGUAGUCACAAACCUCCUUCUGGCCUGAGGGAGGAUUACUGAAGCAUAGCAUACUUUUGGAAAAGUGUGUGCUACCUUGCAUAUUGCAAGAUGACUUACAGAAAUGUGAAAGAUCUUUAGGACAACGAGGAACAAGUGAAGUUCCCAUUUGGGAAAAGAGGUCACCUGUUGCAAAGGCCGCAGGACUAUUCUUUGCACAAAGCCACUGUGCUGAGAGGAGGCAGUGCAUAAAGAGCAAGGCUGGGACUGCUGCCCUCUUCCAUAUGCACUUUGAGCCAUCCCAUCAAAAUAUUGAUGUUUCAUUAAGAGUUUCAUCUUUUUUCUUCAGAAGGAACAGUAUUUUAAUUGCUUUUAUUGACCCUAACCAUUUUUUGUGACUUAGUACUUUAAACCACCAUAAGAAGUCCACUUUGUUGUUUGACACGUUCACUUCCUUGCUGUGUGAAUUUUCUAUUCAUUCUAAUAAUUGAUUUGAGUGUGAAAAUUA